AUGAUGGAAUCAACAGAGCAAUUGGCAGCAAAUUCUUCACAACUUCCAACUCAUCCGGAUGAGAAAGCGAUGGUUCCACCAUCAAAUAUUAUUCCCGAUGGAGUUUCAUCACCAAUAAAACAUCCAUUGGAUCCAUUAAAUGCUGAUGAAAUGAAUUUAACAACACGAUUGCUUGCAACAUCAGAAAGUUUCCAAAGUUAUAUGCGUAUUAUUAACAUUAUUCUAAAUGAACCAACAGAUAAAGAAUAUGUCCGUAACUAUAAACCAAAUGACCUAUUAGAAAGGUCGGUAACUGCAGUAGUGCGUGAUCCUAAAGGUCGAACAACUUAUGAAUUUGUUGUUGAUUUAAUUAAAAAAACUGUUGAAAAUUGUACUGAAUUUAAAGGUGUUCAGCCUAGUUUAACAUUUGAUGAAAUGAUCGAAGCUGAUAUUACUCUACGCUCAAGUGAAGCUAUGCUAGCUGCAUUAGCUAAACGAAAUAUUAAAAUAGAAGAUGUCGUUUUCUAUCCAUUUUCAUCUGGCUAUCGGGAUGAACGAGAUUCACCAGCGAAACGACGAAUCUUUCGGCCCUAUGCUGCCGUGAGAAAAUCGGAAGCCGAUAAUUAUUAUGCUCAUCAUAUCGACGGUCUUGUUAUCACUGUUGAUUUAGAUUCAUUUACUGUUGAGGUUGAAGAUCAUCAAGUUAUACCAUUACCUCCGAAAUCUGGUAAUUACGAUCCAGAAGGUAUCAAAGCACCAGAUAAUGUACCUUAUUUUCCGGAUGGUGUUCGUAAAGAUCUUAAACCUUUUGUUAUUACUCAACCAGAAGGUCCAUCAUUUCAAGUAAAUGAUAAUGUCAUUUCAUGGCAAAAAUGGCGUUUUCGAGUUGGAUUUAAUGUUCGAGAAGCACUUACAAUAAAUAUGAUUGAAUAUUUUGAUCAAAAUCGUUGGAGACCUAUUCUCUAUCGAGCAGCUAUCAGUGAAAUGUGGGUACCGUAUGGUGAUACAAGUGCUGGACAUAGUUAUAAAAAUGCAUUUGAUGUUGGCGAAGCUGGUAUGGGUCUAUUAACAAAUAGUUUAGUAUUGGGAUGUGAUUGUCUGGGAGAAAUUCGAUAUCUGGAUGCUAUUCUCAAUAAUAAUCGAGGUCAAGCUUUAUUAGUAAAGAAUGCUAUUUGUAUACAUGAAGAAGAUACUGGAAUACUUUGGAAGCAUUCUGAAUUUGUUUAUCAACGUUCUCAAUGUCGCCGUGCAAGACGUCUUGUUGUUUCGUGUAUAAUUACAGUAGGAAAUUAUGAAUAUGGUUUAUUUUGGUAUUUUAUGCUUGAUGGUACUAUUCAGUUUGAAGCCAAACUUACUGGUAUUAUCGCGCCAGGUGCCAUUGAAAAUGGAAAAACGCCUCUUUCCGGUGGACUGGUUGCUGAAGGUGUAUAUGGUCCACAUCAUCAACAUUUUUUCAAUAUGCGUCUUGAUUGGAUGCUUGAUGGAGUAAAAAAUUCGCUUGUUGAAGUCAAUUGUGAAACGAUGCCACUUGGACCCGAUAAUCCAGCUGGUAAUGGUUGGAUAGCAAAAGAAACUGUUUUGAAAACUGUUGGUGAAGCACGUCGAUUACAUGAUGCCACUAAAGGACGUUUUUGGAAAAUCAUUAACCCUCAAGUUAAAAAUCAUGUUAAUCAACCAGUUGCCUAUAAACUAACUGCAUCAGGACCAGCAUGUUAUCCUUUGUGUGAUAUAAAUUCAACACAAGGUGGCCGAAGUGCACUUACACGUUAUCAUUUAUGGGGAACACAAUAUCAUCCAGACGAAUUAUAUGCAGCUGGCCGAUUUCCUAAUCAAUGUAAAGGUGAUGAAGAUGGUGUUGCUAUUUAUAGUGAAAAACAUAAAAAUGAUUCACUAGUCGAAUGUGAUCUUGUUACAUGGUAUACGUUCGGUGUUAAUCAUGUUGUUCGUCCUGAAGACUGGCCUGUAAUGCCCGUUGAAACUGUUGGAUUCCGUUUACAGCCAUGUGGAUUUUUUGCUGGUAGUGCAGCUAUGGAUGUACCACCAUCAAUUCCAAAAUGUCAUCAAGGUGCAUGUGCAAAACAUUAA